UUCAAUUCUUCAAAGCUUAUAAAACCACGUGACAACUCGGAUCAGCGCACGUGGAUUUUUGGCAGAGCGGCAUGCCUUGCCGGUCCGCUCGGGAUUUUUGCUGAUCCAAUCGCAUAAAAUGCCACUUUAUCCUCACUUUCACUUACUUCCCUCGCAAAACCCUCACUUUCUCCUCCCCAUUUCCACUCCACAUCCCUUCACUAGCAAACAAAAUGGCUUCUCGCCAUCCUCAUACUCCCCUCCACCACCACUGCCAAAGCCCUUCCCCAAUCACGGCCACCUCCACCACCACCACUUGCUGUUGCAGCUGCCACUACAACCAUUGCUGCAUCCAUCCUUCACCACCAACACAACAGUUACCGAUUGACCACCCACUUCUCCGUGCUCUUGGCUCUCUCCUUCAACAGCAGCAGCUACCCAAUCCUUACCCUCCCUGCUGUAACAAACCUCAUACCCAGAAAAGUAAUCUCCACAACAUAGAUUUUCACACACAAGAUCUUCGUUUUCAACACUUGGGUGGUGACCAACAAACUCAGUCUGUUCUCUCUUCUCUUCUUGAACGAAUCAACUUUCUCGAAUCCUCUCUUCACCGUUUUUCUACUUCUUCUGCUUCGAAUAAUUAUUGUCAUUCAUCGUUUUCUCUGAGAGAGGCAGCCGCUCGCGUUAUUCAAACCCAUUUCCGUGCCUUCCUUGUUCGUAGAUCAAGAACCCUAAGUCAUCUCCAGGAGCUCGCAUUUAUUAAAGCCAGCUUCAACUCCCUCAAAUCCUCUAUCUCGAAUAAAACCCAUUUCAAUUUUGAGGUUAUUUCCCACAAAGCCAUGGACUUGCUGGACAAACUUGACUCUAUUCAGGGCGGUGAUCCUAUGGUCAGAGAUGGUAAAAGGUCAAUGAGCCGAGACAUAGUGAGAUUUUUGGAGUUCGUUGAUGGGCUUUCAGCUAUGAGGUAUGGAUAUUUGUAUAAACCUGCAAAAAACGUGAGAUUUAUUCGGAAUAGCAACAAAUCUAGGGCUUUGAAUGAUACUACAGCAUGUAGAGAGUUAUUUGGACAUCCAAAGGAAACAGUGAGGAAUGGCAGAGUUGAAAAGAUUCGUGGGUCUUAUAAGAUUUCUGGUUAUCAUGAGGAAGAUGUGGAGCUUGAGGGGUUUCAGCAAUUCAUUGAUAAUGAAGAUUAUGAUGAUGAAAGCCCCAAGUUGUUCCCAAAUGUAAAUCAAGGUGUUUCCGGAGUUAGAAAUGGAGUUUUGAUCAAAAGCAAUGCUGGUAAACCUAGAGUCAAGAAAACUGUCAGCUUUUCUGAGAAUGGGAAUGUGUAUAGGAUUAUCAGUGACAACCAUGAGUCAGUUUUAAAUGGAGAUGGUAGUUUCACUGAGGGGAGCGAUUCCAGUGAUGAUCAUGGAGAGACUAUGGAUUACAAUGAAAUUGAAGGGAGAAAAGGGAUCUCUAAAGGUAUUGUGGAUGAUGAAGUUGUUAAGGAUGAAAAAGCAGCAUCUACACAGAGCAGUGGUGGUGAGAGGAAUCCUACAAGGAAUGCAAGGAGGGGCAGUGACUCUGAAAAUCAUAGGCUGUGCCAGGAUGAAUAUGGAAAUCUGCUUUGUCAGGAUGAAUAUGGAAAUCUAGUUUUCUCGGCUCCUGCGCCGGUGAAGAUGGAAUCCAGAGCUGCUUGAUGAUGAGAACAGAUAAAAUAGUUAAGUAGGACCAUUUCUUGGGUUUGCAUUAUCAAAAUCUUGCAAAUUUUAAUGGAUUUGUAGUACCAUUCCGCAUUGUUUUUCCAAUUGUCAAUCACUCAGUUGCUGGUAGAGAUCAAGAAAUUUUCCAGGUAGGAUGUGUAGGUGGAGGGCUGUAUCUGGUGGGUAACACUACUGAUUGUAGGCCUUUCUUCAUUUAUAUGGGACUGUGAUUGUAAUUUGCUACCUGCUUACCUUCAACCAAAGUUUUUGACGUUUAGUGAAUGAUGAGAACUCUUGUUAGUUGUUA